AUGGAUCAACGAAGUAAUUAUGCUACUACUAGAUCAUUGCUUGGAAGUGAUGUGUUGUAUGGCUUGAGUACAGUGAGAAAUGAGCUAGAGCCACUACAUCGUCGCCCGGAUAUAAUGUUAAAUAAGCAAGGGCUACCGCACUCUCUUGGACGAAGGCGGUUAAAGAAGUUAGUUCAUGAGAGCAAGAUUAGAUUUUGCACUUGGAAUAUUAGGAUGUUGAAUGAGAAAUCUAUAGAGGUAGUAGGAGUUAUGAAGGACAGAAGGAUUAACAUCUUGUGCCUCCAAGAAACCAAAUGGACUGGAGAAGUUGCCACGGAACUUGAAGGGUAUAAACCUUGGUACAUAGGGAAGGUGAGUGCAAGGAAUGGUGUCGGUAUCGUUGUUGAUGGAACAUGA